CUUCUUAUGCAACUUAGGGUUUAAUUCGUUUUUCUCUUCUUCUCUGUAUCGCCUUUUCUCAUGUACUCGCUGAAGAUACUCCAUGGAAGAAAGUCUCUUGAGUUGCAGAAAUGGCGUCACUUGAGAUCUGUAGUGAACCUUCUUCAAAAUGAGUCUGCUUCCCCAAUUAUAUUAUCUUCUCCUUCCCACUCCUUCUCCUCUGCUUCUGAUGUGAGCUCUCUUCAAGUUUGUCGAAAAGGUAACAACUUUACAGUCUCUUACCUGGUUGAUUCAUUGGGUUUCACCACCAAACUCGCUGAAUCAAUCUGGAGGAAAGUCAGCUCUGAGGCCAAGGCCAAUCCAGAUUCUGUUCUGAAUCUUCUCAGGAGUCAUGGCUUCACAGAUUCUCACAUCUCCACCGUCAUUACAAACUACCCACGACUGCUCACAUUAGACUCUGAGAAAACCCUUGCUCCUAAUCUCAAGUUCCUGCAGUCCAGAGAAGGAGCUUCAACCUCUGAGCUCACUGAGAUUGUUUCCAAUGUUCCGAGAAUCUUGGGAAUGAGAUGGCACAAAGCAGUCGGCAGGUACUAUGAUUUCGUCAAAGACAUCAUCGAAGCAGACAAGUGCUCCAAUUACGAAAUGUCUUUGCCACAUGGUACCUGCCAGGAGAACAUCAUCAGAAACGUGUUGGCUCUGAGACGAUUGGGCGUGCCUCAAAGGUUCUUGUUCUCCUUGCUCACCUCCAACUUCCAUGUCGUCUCCGGAAAAGAAAGAUUCCAAGAAUCCCUCAAGAAAAUUGUUGGGAUGGGUUUCGAUCCCACCACCUCUAAGUUUGUCAGAGCUUUGUGCGUUGUUUACCAAAUGAGCCACAAAACAACUGAAGAGAAGGUUAAUCUCUAUAGAAAGUUAGGGUUUAGUACAGUAGAUGUAUGGGAGAUUUUCAAGAAGAAUCCGUUGUUUCUUGCGCUUUCGGAGAAGAAUAUAGUGAACUCCUUUGAGACAUUUAUCGGUCUAGGAUUCAGCAGAGAUGAGUUUGUGACAAUGGUCAAGCACUGUCCUCAGUGCAUUGGGUUAUCUGCAGAGUCGGUGAAGAAGAAGACUGAGUUUCUUGUGAAGGAGAUGAACUGGUCACUAAAGGCUCUAGUUUCCAACCCUGCGGUAUUUGGAUACAAUUUGGAGAAGAGGACUGUCCCUAGGUGUUAUGUGAUCAAAGCUCUCAUGUCUAAAGGUCUGCUUGGAAGUGAACUCCCUCCAUUGUCCCCUGUGUUAGCGGUUACUGAUGAAGCUUUCUUAACCAAGUAUGUGAUGAAGCAUGAUGAUGACAAGGAGCUUGUGGCUGAGUUGAUGUCUAUCUAUCGUGCCUCUUAGAUUCUUCAUACACUUUCUUCCUAAAACAAUGAAGAAGUGUGGACUGACUACUCAUAAAAGUUUGAGGGUGAUCUCUUUGGUACCUAAGAAAGUUUCAGAAGCUUGUGAUUUUCAUUUCUUGUUUUGGUUAAUGUAGAGCAAUCAAUCACCAUUGUUGCAUAUGCCAUAAAGUUAUGUAGCUUCAAAUUUCGUUUUGACAGUAAUCAAAUUACACAUGUCUCUACUCCA